GAUUGUGUUUCUGUCUGAUUCCCCCAAAACCGUCAAAAGGAGGAGAAAAUCACACUUUGACGGAUACGAAAAAGGAAGGUUCUUUGCGAAAUAACACAGUGAAGUUAGCUCGAUAAUUGAGAGAAAAUGCCAUGACUAUAUAUCGUGUUGAAAGACAAUAGUGAUCCAUUUGGAAUAUUUUGGACAAUAAUGGAGGGAUAUUGGCUAAGAGUGGUUAUUAUCAACAUCAUUCUCAUUUUAUCAAUCAGAGAAAGGACACAAGCGGAAGAUCAAUUCUCCAUAAGCUGUCCUACGGACCGGAUAACCUUAAUCCCAGUCGGCGAAACGAUGGCAACGGUUUACUGGUCUGAGCCGCAGGUGACGGGCGGUAGCGGUCAGGUAACCGUCACGUCAUCCAUAUCUUCGGCGUCAUCAUUCGAGUUAGGAGACACGACGGUCAUGUAUAGCGCCGUCGAUGAGAAUGGGAACGAAGUCAAUUGCACAUUCGUUGUCACCGUCAAAGCUCCAACGAUAUAUGGUUGCCCCGAUCAAACGAUAGUCAAAGAUAACGAACCCGGCCUCGACGAUGCCGUGGUGACGUGGGUGGAACCUCGAAUCCAAGACGCUUCAUCAACUACUUCGUUGACGUCAGAUAUCAAGAGUGGUUCCCGUUUCGUCAUCGGAGAGACUACUGUGACGUAUACACUGACGGACAUCAGCACGAACGUCGAGACGUGCGAGUUCAUUGUGCAGGUUGUAGAUGUAGAACCUCCGACGUUCACAUCUUGUCCAGAUAACAUCACGUCAAGAGUACUAGCAGAAUCUGCUUGCAAUACCAGUUCUCCUCAAUGGACAGAACCAACCGCGACAGACAACGAUGGUACACCAACGAUUAGCACUUCUCACUCAACAGGCAGCGGCUUCGAUUGCGGUUCGACCGCGGUUAAUAUAACCGCCACGGACCGGUCCGGUCUUGUUGGCUAUUGCAUAUUUAACGUGAUCAUCCAAGUUGGUGCUUAUGAAAACUGCCCCAGUAACAUCACCGGGGUGAACUCGCCUGGAAUGUUCUCGGGCAUGGUAAACUGGACACGACCGACCAUCAUUGACCAAGAUCCUAGCUGGGAAGAGCAAGUCAAUCCCGAGCCUGACCACGAAUUCUUCGUGGGUACGACCAAUGUGACGUACGUAUUGCACGAUAGAUCAGGCGCUGCCGAUAUCUGCUGGUUUACCGUCACCAUAAAGGAUAUUGAGGAUCCGAUUAUAGAAUGCCCUGCCGACAUCGUAGUCUUAGCAUCAAGCAGGGAUGGGCGAGCCAACGUGAUCUGGCCAGACCCCUUCACAACAGAUAACGUUCACGUGAACGUCAGAUGGAGCAACUAUGAUAUAGGGGACGACUUCACCCUGGGCGAUACGGUGGUCAUCUACGGGGUCAACGACACAGCUGGAAAUACAGGAUUCUGUAAUUUUACUGUUACCGUCCAAGAGUUCGUGCUGACUCUAUUUACCAAGAUCGAUGGACAUAUCCUCGUCGAGAACGAUGACGUGGUCAUCAACGCUUCCAGCAUCGUCGAGUGUCUGGAUGCUUGUAUAGAUGAAGAAACGUUCAAAUGUCGAUCAGCUGAAUAUACGUUGUCGGGAGAGUGCCGUCUGAGCGCGAACAUCGCACGAACCUUCGACGACCUUGAACAUCAAGAUGACGUCACCUAUUACGAAAAAGUUGGAGAUAAUACACCGCCAACAUUCUGGCUCUGUCCUGACGACGUGAGUCGACCAGCGGAUGAAGGCUACCCUUUCACCGUCAUCUCUUGGUUUCGACCUCUAGCAAAUGACGACAGAGGGGGGCCUAUCACGAUGACAUCAUCACAUCAACCGGGAGAUGUCUUCUACAUUGGUUCGACCGAGGUUGUAUACAUUGCCCAAGACGAGUCCUUAAAUUGGGGAACGUGUUCCUUCAUCAUAACUAUCACAGACGAUCAAAUACCGACAAUCCACGGCUGUCCUGGUCAGACAUAUGGCUAUCUACAUUCUCCAGACGAGCGAUCGACCGAUGUUUCUUGGUUGGUACCACAACCACUGGACAACUCUGGCAAUGUGAACUUGACAGUUUCCCACCAACCCGGCGCCAUCUUUGACAGAGGCGAUACGACUGUCGUGUACACGGCGGUUGAUCCUUCCAGCAAUGAAGAGACUUGCUCGUUCACAGUCACAGUCUUUUUGAUACCAGAGAAAAAUAGAAUUGCAAUGGAGAUUGAAAUACCUAACCUUGUGUACUCAGAUGCCUUGGCAGAUAUAACCUCUGAACACUAUAAAAUGGUGGACGAAGCCCUGCAAAUACAGAUUCAAGAAGCCUAUGGCAAGGAUCCUAAUCUAUUAGACUCUGUUAUCACUAACAUAACAAUGUCUGAAGAUGGGGGUGUAGUAAUCCAACUCAGUCUUGGCUUCUUAAGGCCAACAUCAUCUGAUUCCAAACGAGAUGAGACAAAGAUUUUCUUCACAUCACUCAGGGAUGAAGGUUUCAUCGGUGCUGAUGUUAAGGAGAUCAGGCUCAUUAAUCAUGAUGAUAGUACAACCAUUGUGGAUGAAUGUUACUUCCUACCCUGCCCAACUGGCAUGAACUGCACUGUUGAGAACAAGAUCUGUGUCUCCUAUUGUCCAGAUAACCCAACCUAUUGCCUUCAUGACAGUUACUGUGUCAAACCUAAUGGGAACAACAUAGUGGCUUGUCUAUGCUCUGAAUUCAUCUACUACGGCACAAGAUGUGAAUUAGAAGACCAAGUUAAUGAGCCUAAAACCCUGGCAAUUGUGGUAGGAGUUGUCUGGGUUGUCAUUUUGCUUCUACUCCUUAUACUGUGUUUCCCAGUCUACAUACGCAGAUGCAAACAAAAGAAACAUCAAUAUCAUGGGAGUGACUCAGAGCUUGUCGAGCCUGAUGCCUACUAUGAAAGCGAUGGCGACGAUGACGACGAUGGUGGAAAGACAAAUCCGGCUUUUAUCAAUGAUGAAGGAGUUGAAGUCGAGGAGGAAGAGGAGGAGAAAGGUAACGAUUGGCUAGGGAUGAUAGCGGCCAUGAAAGCCAGAGCUCAGGGGGACGGAAAAUCUGAUGGAACAAAUGAAACGAUUAAUAUGACGACAGUAACCGAUCCAAUGCUAAAAAAGGAAGAUCAAGCAAUAAAACAGAAAGAGAUGUCAUCAAAUCUACUUAACAUUGAAGUAGAGACAAACAUGGAACAUGGCAAUUCACUGUUAGUCCAAGAUGAGCCUGAUCAAUGCAGCACUGUUCCCGAUGUUUGUUUUGCUGAACCAUCGAAUGGCAGUAGCGAACAGCGAUCGGUUGCAGCUACCGUGCAUAGAAACGGAGAUGGGAACUUUACAAUGCGAUCAUCACUUGGCAACAUUCAAGAGAUAGAAGAAAGUGAAGAAGGAGGUUUGGAUACCAGAACACACAAAAGGAAUUCACUUUCAAAUGUUUCAGAUAACAUUGACGGUAUCUACUGAUACAGAUUAAACCAAAAACCAAGGCCCAAAUUCGCAAUGUGGCUUUGAAUUAUUAAAAAAGGUUAGAGCACUAUUUAUUUAAAUUAAUUUACAAACACAGUGGGCUUAUUAAAGGGCAUGUGACAUUUGCUCCUGAAUUAUAUGCUCCUCUGAAAAUAAAAAGUGAGGUUAAGGGCUAUGGAAGGGUUUUUGGUUCAAAAUGAUGCAAGUACAGUACAUGUAUUACGAAUAAAGUUAGGGUAAGCGUUGAAGUCCAGGCUUAUCCGAGCUAAAUAUGUGGAUUUUCGGUAAGAGCAAUUGUCACAAAGGCACGUGUCAUGGAACUUUAGUAACAUGCGUGAAUUUGGUGCCCUUCGUAAGAAAAUGGUGCAUUCAAUAUUGGACUCCUCUGUAUGCCUUAAAUGAGCAUAAUGCAUCAAAUCGGCCUAAACCAUAGUUAUGGAUCAUGUAUUCAAAACCACCUUUGUGAAUUCGGGCCAAACAGUAUACUAAAUCUACCUCUUUGAUUAUGUUGAGGGGAUGUUCCUGAAAGAGUUGAAAUCAACACGACUAAAAAUGAAACUCGACUUAAUUUUGAACCAGUCGGUGUAAACACAACCCUUUCUGCAACUGCAAGGUGACUAGGCUAUGAUAUAUCUACAUGUCAUGAAGCAACAUGUCAUUGAUUUUACUAUCCUGGUUGGGGAGGUGGUGAUUUUUUUUUACCUGAAUGCUUUUGAGCAAGCAACCAGAGGACCAAAGGCUUAAGGUCCUCUCUGAAGGACUGGGUAAUGAGGAUAAAUGCCUUACCAAAAGGUACUAGCGCACAAAAGGGGGAAUUGAACCUGGGUCACCAGAAUCCAAAACCUUUGCUCUACCGACUGAGUCACCACACCUUGCAUCUGAUUGGCAGUGAUCAAAUUUGUGAGUGAAAAUCAAUGACAAGAUUAGCCAUCCGAUUGCAGCCAUAUAGACCAGUUCGUAUUUACACAUGGGCAAUUUUGGUCAAAUGACCCUUCAUUUCUUUCAUUGAGAUAGGCAGAUUUCAAAGCAAGAUAUUAUGUAAGAAUGCCUUACAUAGCAGGAUGAAGAAAUUGAAUAGACCAGGUGACUAGAAUACCACACAAUUCAACACUCUAUGAAGGUAUUUGUUGCAUUUCUAAUUUGAAUGCAUAUUAUAGCAUGUUAUACAAUGUACUUUUCAAACUGUGAGAUACCAGUCGUCCGUGGACGCAUUGUUGUUUUUUGUGGAUGUAAAUGAAAAACACAAUUCAAAAGAUACAUGAAUAAUCAAAAAUCAAAGUUGGUGCUUAUCUCAUUAAAUUUUAAACCACCAUGUCACUUUUGUACAAAUGACCUUUGUCUGAUCAUGCGUAGAAUCUUCCGAUCAUGCGCAGAGUGGAACUACGAACUGGCUUAUUAAAGUUGAUAAUUCUGUCAUGUACUUUACUUUAAUAUAGUUUUAAUAGUAUAUAUAUUAAUGGGGAUUGCAAUGACAUUUUUUUUCAAUUGUAAUGAAUUAACAAAUAUUUUCAAUACAGUUAUUAUCUUUUUUUAGGUUGACAUGUGAUUUGAUUACUGCAAGAAAUCAUAAGAAAUGAUAUUGCUAAGAACUGAAUUCAGAUCAAUCUAGAAUUGACUCAAGGGGCUAUUUCACUAUCAUGAUCUGAAACCCUAAUCCAACCCAAUCAUUAGAUCAGCAGAGGGGGGAUAGGAAUCGGGAGCAGCAUAAUAACAACAUUGUGAGGAAGAGGUAACAGCCGGCAUUUAUUCAAAUCAGCAUUGUCGGCUAAAAUAUUUGAACAUGUUCGAAAUUUCAUGCUGAUCUUCCCGAUCAGAAACGCCCAUUUUGAAUUAUGGGGGAAGUGGGAAAAGCGUAAACGACACAGCACAAAGUCGUAGGAUGAGUGUAAUCAGGUCUUUCCUGGCGUACUAACAGUGGCACGCUGACGUAAUUAAUCCCUCGUUCUUUUGGACAAUUUUUAUUACUACAAACCAUUUCUUAUUGACUCCCGGUAAAAUGGUUCAUUUUCCCCCGAUCUGCCAAAUCAUAGCAAAAUCGGCAUAGUGCAAAAGGGGCUUCAGGAAACAAAUAAGACGGUUGUGUUUGAUGAAAGUAAACAUUUCAGUGUUCAUAGAAUUAAAUACCCUAUACCAUAUAUUCUUAAUAAUAAAGGAUGCAUAAUGGUCAAUAUGAAGUAUAAAAGGUAUUUGGUUUAUUAAUAUUUUCAUAUCAAAAGCACUGUAAUACUUUUUUUAAAUAGUACAGUUGUAUGAUAUUCACUGGCAGGGUGCAGAGAAUCUUGAAUCAUACUCUCACUACACAUGCAGCUUUGUUAUAUUUUAUCUACUUCAAAUAAAAUAUUCAUCAGUGGAAUUCAGUAUUUUUUUGUACACUUUCCAGGUCUACAUAACUUUAUUACAAUUGCAACAUUUCUUCAAACUAAAGGUAUUUGAAGACAUGUCUAAUUGAGCGUUAAAA